AUGAUCAUUCGCCCCUACAACUAUGAAUUUGCCAUGCCUCCCGCCCGUAAAUGGACCCGCAUUGAGGACCUGGCGGUCUUGCAUCUCUACCGGGGAAAGGUAGCCCACGACAGCCGGGAGGUCGCCGCGCUGGCGGCGGCCAUCGAACGCAGUUCCAAGUCCAUUGGCGCCCGUAUGCAGGCCUUCGCCGGCCUGGAUCCGGCCAAUCCGUAUUCGCCAUCGGGCAAGGCCACGGGGCUCACCCAGUCCGUCUGGGGUGAAUAUCUCGCUGACCGCACCGCCAUCGCGAUUGAAGGGCAGCGGGCAUACCUUGGCAUCCUGAACCGGUACUCGAUGGGACGGCCGUAG